AUGGCGGAGACAAAAGACUUCGGAGACGGCGUUGGAUGGAUCAGGGGCCAGAUGUUGGGCAAAGGGAGCUUCGGCUGCGUGUUCAUGGCCACGCCGAGAAACCCCUGCUCCUUUCCGCCGCCGGAGAUGGCCGUCAAGUCUGCCCCAGUCCAAUUCUCCGACACGCUCCGGUCCGAGAGGGAAAUCAUGUCAGAUCUGAAGGGCUGUCCGAACCUGAUCCAGUGCCUCGGCCAGGAAACCACCGUCGGGAACGACGCCCUGUUUUACAACCUAAUGCUCGAAUUCGCCGCCGGCGGGACUCUCUCCGACCGGAUCCAAAGUUCUGGCGGCGGGCUCCCAGAGCCCGAGGUGAGGGCCCACACGCGAUCCAUCCUGAUGGGCCUUGACCACAUCCACUCCCACGGCUACGUUCAUUGUGACCUGAAGCCCGACAACAUACUUCUCGUGCCCGACGGCCAAAACGGCUUCACGGCCAAAAUCAGCGAUUUCGGGCUGGCCAAGAGGGAGCCGAAACGGGCCGGGAGGAAACGGGCUGCGGCAGGGCCCGGAAAGUGGCAGGGCACUCCCAUGUACCUGCCGCCGGAGGCUGUUACCGAGGGGUUGCAGGAGGCGGCAGGGGACGUGUGGGCGGUGGGUUGCGUGGUGGUGGAGAUGCUGACUGGGCGGCCGUUGUGGGAGCCCGGGAGUAAGGAGGAGAUUCUGAGGAGUAUAGGAGAAGAUUGGGAAUAUUUGAGGAUUCCAGAGUGGAUAUCGGAUGAGGCGGCCGAUUUUCUCAUGUGCUGUUUAGAAAAAGAGCCGUCGGGUAGGGUGCGGACCGACUUGCUUUUGUACCAUCCAUUUGUGGAAGGGAGCUUCGAGACGGGGGAUUGUGGGAGUGGGGUCGGGGGAUUUUCGGAGGAUUAUUAUUCGUCGUGUGCUCGUCUGGGGGUUGUUGAAGGUUGUGUGGGCCCGGGAAAUGAGGAUGUGGGACGGGGUCCACCUGGGUUUGCAGUUGCUGUAUGA